AUGGCACGUCCUUCCAUUUACAAGACAGAGGAAGCCAAACAAUCAGCAGCUCGAGAAAGACACCGACGUCAUUAUGCAAAAAACAGAGAUAAUAUAUUGAAAAGGCGGCGAGAGCUUCGCAUCACCAAGCCAUCACAGGAGAUACUGGAGAUUCAAAAGGCCCUUGCCGAAGUGUUGGGCUAUGACGAAGAUGACACUACUACAUCCGAGAUCGAGACAAGCGAUGACGAGAACGACAAACUAUCAGAUCUCCCAGGGUGCCUGCUCGCUCUCAAAGAGAUCAAGGAUGAGAUGCUGGAGUUAGUGCGAGAACCCUGCGCGUUUACAGAGACCAUUCUCCUUUGGUAUGUCAAAAGCUUGCCGGAUGAUGGGUAUGGCAAAGGUGACCCCUCGAUCAUCGAAACUGCAAAAGCUAAGGUUGAAGGCUUGCUCCGCCGUGCAACUCCGGUGCAUGAUCUGAUCAAGGAUUCCUGUGGAGUGUCAGAUCAGUCUCGUGCCGCUGAAUCAGUCUCUCGAUACUUAAGCACUGCACUCGCUUAUCUAGACGAUAUUCAGUAUUUUUUAGACAUUGAAGGGAUUUCUGAAUUGACAGUAGCCCACUCGAUGGGAGAGUUGAUGUACCAGAAGGGUAUACGUCUCUAG